AUGAAUUCUUUAAUUUUAAUUUUUUUGAUAACAAUAAUUCAUUUUGUUUUUGCUAUUAAUAAAAAUCCUGGUCAUUUAAAACCAUUUGGUUCUAUUGGAUCUUUUAUUAAUAUCAAAGAAUUAGAUCAAGAAUUUCCAACAGUAUUAGAACUUUUUACAUAUUAUUUACCUAAAUCAGAACCAAUUCUUUCUCGUCAAAUAUUAAUUAAUGAUAAUCAUUUUUCUAUAUGGGAAACAGAUAAAAAACUUCAGAAUGAUGUUUAUGGAUUGUCAAAUAUAAAUAUUCAAGUGGAAUCAUUUAAAUCAAAAGAACGACAAAGAAUUCAAAUGACAUUUGGAGAAUUUUUAGAUCGUUAUGGAAAAGAACCAUUAUUAUUUGUUCAUAAUGUACCGACAAUUCUUCAAAAAUAUCUUGCUGUUCCAAAACCUUUACAAUGUGAUAUUAUAUUAGAACAUUUUCAAUCAGCAAUUCUAAUCAUAAAUGGUAUUAAUGUAUCACCAUUAAUGUUCGGUGAAGAUCAUGAUCGUCUUCAUUGUAUUCUUCGUGGUAAUAAACGUAUUGUUCUUGUUAAUACACUUAAAUAUCCUGAUGUUCGUAAAAUUAUUCUACCAGAAAAAGGACAGCGACGUGGACCACCAAUUAAUCCUGACAAAGUCGAUUUUGAUCAAUAUCCUGCAUUUGCAAAUAUUGAUUAUCAUAUAGCUAAUCUCAAAUCAGGUGAUUGUUUAUUUAUUCCAAGUGAUUGGUUAUUUCAAGAACGUACAUUUGAAAAUACAAUAUCAAUUAUUUAUAAUAUAAGACAUCAUCCAGCAUUAUUGAUCGAUGAAAAUCAAUUAAAAAAUUGUUCAACAUAUGAUGCAACAUUUACACUUGAUCAAAUUGAUUGGUCAGCUGAACCUCAGACUUUUAGAGAUGUAAUAAUGAAUCUUGUUCAUUUAAAAGUAAAGGGAUUUGAUAAAUGGCAAGAAGUAUUUUCUAAACAUUUAUCAUACGAUUUAUCAUCGGAUCCAGAAGCAUCAGCUAUAUUUGAAGAGGUUAAUACAUUAAAAAUUCUAACAAAAACAAAAAAACAUGUUGCUUUUCUUUUUCAGUUCUAUGACAUUGUUGAUGUCGACGGUGAUGGUGAAAUAACAACAACUGAAGUUGAAAAAAUUAAAGGCGUGCAUCAACAUCAUAUUACUGAUCUUCUCUAUGAAAUGGCAAAAGUUAUUAAUAAUAAACGAAAAACAAGUACAUCUAAAUCUGUUGAUUCUGAAAAUAAUCAAUCAACAGAAACAAUAGAAAAUGAUGAACAUUUAGAAAAUUAUAAAAUUGAUUUAUAG